GAGAACAAAUGCAUCCUGUAUCACAAAUGCGACCUGAGUGAUGAGAAAGAGAUCGCAAGUGUUUGCGAAAAGAUCAGAGCGGAGAUUGGUGAUCCAUCUGUGCUAGCAGUGAACAAUGCUGGUCUGUCACGCGGGCGUACAGUAGUCGAGGGUACCUACACCGACAAUAGCAUAACCCUAAAAACAAACUUACUGGCGUCGAUUUUCCUGUCGAAGGAUUUCCUACCGGCUAUGAUCCGACAAAAACGUGGACAUAUUUUCAAUGUGGCCUCGAUGAGCGCUUACGUCCCGCCUCCAGGGCUACCUGAUUACGCAGCAUCGAAAGCUGGAUUGAUUGCAUUUCAUGAGUGUCUUGCCCAAGAGCUUCGAGUCCAGAAUGCACCGAAGGUCCGCACCUCGGUUGCCGUGCUGAGCUUCACGAAAACACCGCUUUUUAAAGGCGAGACAAACCAGUCCAAAUUUAUGAUGCCGCUUCUUCAUGUCGACACAGUCGUAGAUGCCAUUGUGGAUAAACUCGACAGUGGAUUGAGUCAGACAGUCUACCUCCCAGGAAUCUUUCGUUAUUUUGCUGGCUUGCGAGGAGCUCCGAAUUGGGUUCAGCAGCUGAUUCGAAGCGGUACCAAGUCCUUGAGAGUGGAUUUCAAAGGCAGACAGGAGAUUGAUCCACAGACUGGAAGGCUUGUUCAGUAA